GCUAAAAGGGUUGUAGUAAGAAGCGUUUGAGAGAGCUUCAUGGAAAUGUGUGAGCAAAAUCUUCUGAAUUCUGGCUAUGUUGGUUCUCUGAAUUUCCCUAUUCCGGAGUCGUUAUAUUUUUCCAACUUGCGGAGCAAUGGAGCUCAUCUCCCCCAGCUGCAUCAGAUUUCCUACAACAGGCGAGAGGUGUGCUCGCUCCCGUGGACUUCCCCAAAUUCGUGCACAUCUCCGCCUCAGAGCCGCGCCUUUAGUGGCUACUCUCCGCCGUUUCUACACAAUUCAGUGCCUGUAAAUACUCAUCCCAACGACCACAACAAGGCACCAUUUGACGAGUCCAGUAAAUACUACUUUCAGGAUGUAAACCACAAACCAGAAGAACAUGCUAGACACUCGCAGACCUUUUAUGGUGAACAUGGAGUUAUCAGUUCCGAUAGCUCGAAAUAUGCAUUUUCGAACUUGGAUAGACGGUCACAUGAUUCCGGUGCACAACACGAACUGAAUUACACCAACCAGGCAAUUGCCUCCGGCAUCAAGCAGUCGGCCAAUUCAAUUGCCCGAAUUCAACCAUCUGCAAGUAAUGCAUGUGCCAGAACUGCUUUUUCUGAUGGCGCACCCUGGUGCUCUUCACAAGCGAAACUGAGAAAGAAGAGAAAACCAUACACAAAGCCACAGCUUGCUGAACUUGAGAACGAAUUCAUGAUGAACGAAUUCGUAAACAGGCAAAAACGGAAGGAACUAUCUGACAGACUGGAGUUGAGUGAUCAACAAGUCAAAAUAUGGUUUCAGAACCGCAGAAUGAAAAAGAAGAGACUAGUGAUGCGCAGGCAUGCGUUCUCCAUGAACUGAGAGCCUUGGGCCCUGAAAGUGACCUCGUGCGGAUUCUGUUCAGACAAGCGCAACCACUUCAAACCUCAAACUCUAUUUAUUUUCAGAAAGGCACAUACUGAAACUUGUGUUUUGUAAAGCAUGCGAUUUAGGUUAAUUGGAUACAUCUAAUUAUUUUGUUCAAUGACCACACUUAGUAUUUCUGAGCGUAUAAAUCAGUGAUAAGGUACGCUCUUAGAAAAAAAGGGGUUAAUUGUGUUUUAUAUAGAACUUUUAAUAUAGCUAUGCAAUAGUUUAUUUUUGUAUUUCUGCAGUAUCAAAAUGAAUGUUAUUUAUAAUUUAAUCUCUGUAGCCUACAUGUAUAAAUUAUGUAGGAUAUGUCGUAUUGUAUUGACGAAUAAAAAUUGAUUAUAUGGUUAGAAAUGGAUAUUGCACAUAUCUGAUUGGACGGGUCGGUCCUGCCUGAAAUCAAACUGGGCCUACAGGAAUUGCUCGUCCAAGCUCAAGUUCGUAUUUGUCGGUGGUUUAAUGAACCAUGAAAAAUAGUUUUUUUUAUUAUUUAUUUUGUAAGUGUUUGCAUGUCUAUCGCAUGGCUAUAAUAAUUGUGUGUAAAUGUGUUUUUGUCUUAUUUUUUUUAUGUAUGCGUAAUCAUAGGCUAUGUAAUGCCUUCCCCUGUUGGCGCUGCAAUCGAAUGAGAGCUCUUGGGUAAAGCUAUAGCGUUCUCUCUAUAGUAAAGUAAAACUGCCUUGGGGGUCCAGUUAAUGAGUAGACCUAAUUUGAGCUGUUUACUGGCUCAAUGUUAGUAUCAUGUGUGAUAUCGGCUAAAUAUAUAUAUAUAUACAUAUAUAUACUUAUCUAGAAAAGCAAAAAAAACAUUUUCAUCAAUUCAUACAAUUCCAUGCCGACGAGUGUGUGUAUUAUGCACAUGUAUACAUUCGUGUAGACAUUUGAGGCGAGGGCUAUUUGAUCAAGUGGCACAUCAACCACAGAUAGGCUAUUCCUAAAUAAACCUACAUGAAUUUACUACUUCCUGAAUAUAGCUCUUACUCCUUAGCCUAUAUGAUCUUUAUGGUUUUGUUUGCUAGCAAACCAUUUAAUUCAUUUAUUGUUACGUUUAGAAAUGGUUAUAUGGUUUUCGAGGGAGUAGUUUGUAGGAUAUAUUUUAAUCUUUGGUAUUUGGGGCGACCCGUUAGGAGCGUUGUGCCAGUAACCGACAGGUCUGUUGAUGUGCCCUUGAGCAAGGCACAUAACCAUAAUUUCUCCUGUAAAUCGCUGUGGAGAAGAGCUGUCUGCUAAAUGACUAAAAUGUAUAGGAUAUACUUGUUUUAAAAAUAUAUAAUUAUUACCAAAAUAAGCACACACGUACUUAAUAAAAUGCUUAUUUCGAAGUGUUCUAGCUCGAACUUUUUAAUGGUCCGUUAUUUAGCUCAUAGCUCUGAAGUUAUAUUUUCUAGUUUUACAAUCCCAUUAUCUGAGAGGAUCAAAGGGGAACGGUGUGUUCUCCCAAGAUCUUUUUAUGAGAACUCUGCUAGAAUACGUAUGCUCGUGCUCUUCAGAUAUGGGGGCGCCAAAACAAAGUUAAGGUCAAGUUAGUAUCUUACAACAACAAAAAAUACCUACACAAACUUUAAGCAGAUAGUAUACUGCCUUCUCAUCAUUCAAAUUGUUUUAUUUUUUUGUGUGGUAUUUGCAAGGACUAUUUCAUGACGCAUCCAUGAGACGGGCCUGAAAACAAGGCCUGAAAACAAGGCCCAACUCGGCCAUUUGGUCAACAACAACUGUUUUGCAGUUUACUCAUCUUUUCGGUGUCAAUCUGUGUUCAUUGCCAAUAGCAAUUAUUUUGCAUACGAUAUUAUUGGUAGUAUAGGAAUAGAUAUUGUUGUUUUAGUACAUGGGUUGCAAUAAAACAUAUAUUUUUUCCCCUCUA